CCGGGUACGGACUUGAAAAGCGCAAUCGGCAUCCAAGAACCAGAAGCGGACUCCCGAUACCGUCGAUACCGUCGUGUUUGUGUUUUUUUUUUUGGUUGCAGUUUAAUGUUUUAAUUGUCGCGCCACGGAUGUGAACCGGAGCCCCAAAAUGACGGAUAAAGACAACGAAAUACAGCCAGCGGCUGAGCCCGUGACGGAGUUCACUCCUACGGCAGCUGUAAUCCCGGACUCCCAGCCCGGACCCAGUGAUGACCCAACUCCAGUGCCGGUUGACCCGGAGCCCCAGGCUCCAGUGGCCCUGUCUUCUGAGGAGCCGGCCAAUGGCAAGGCGGACAGGAAGCUCCCUGAGGUCAACGGCAAGGAGCCGAAGCCCGAUCCCGAUGCGAAUGGAAAGGAACUGGUGCAGCCGAGUGACUUUAAGAACGUGUCCGAGGCGGAGGGUCAGCAGAAGAAACUGCCGUACCCGAAGUCCGUGUUCUUCAUCAUCAGCAACGAGUUCUGCGAGCGCUUCAACUACUACGGAAUGAGAACUGUUUUGGUCCUGUACCUGAGCCGCGCCCUGCACUACUCCGACGACGCCGCCACCGUCACCUUCCACGUCUUUACCAUGUUUGUGUACUUCCUGUGCGUCUUCGGCGCCAUCAUAUCCGACUCCUGGCUGGGCAAGUUCAAGACGAUUCUGUACCUAUCGCUGGUCUACAUCUGCGGCUCGGUGCUGCUGACCCUCGGCGCCAUCGGACCCCUCAACCUGCCCAUGGAGACGUUCACCAUGCUGGGCCUGGCCCUGAUAGCCCUCGGCUCCGGCGGCAUAAAGCCCUGUGUCGCCGCCUUCGGCGGGGAUCAGUUCAAGGUGCCGGAGCAGGUCAAGCAGAUCACCUCGUUCUUCUCGCUCUUCUACUUCGCCAUCAACUCCGGGUCGCUGAUCUCCACCACGGUGACGCCCAUUCUGCGCGAGGACGUGUCCUGCUUCGAUGACAUCAACUGCUAUCCCCUGGCCUUCGGCGUCCCCGCCGUACUGAUGGUCGUAUCCGUGGUGAUCUUCGUGCUGGGCCGCUCCCUGUACAAGAUCAAGCCGCCGGCCGGCAACAUGGUCGUCCUGGUGAGCAGCGCCAUCUGGACCGCCCUGACCACCAAGUGCAAGGAGAAGAAGACCAAUCCGCGCCCCCACUGGCUGGACUACGCGGACGUCAAGUACGACCGCCAGCUGAUCGAUGACGUCAAGGUGCUGAUGCGAGUCCUCUUCCUGUACCUGCCCCUGCCCGUCUUCUGGGCACUGUUCGACCAGCAGGGCUCCCGCUGGACCUUCCAGGCCACCCGGAUGGACGGCGACAUGGGCUCCUGGAACAUCAAGCCCGACCAGCUGCAAGUGCUCAACCCUCUGCUCAUCCUGCUCUUCAUCCCGCUGUACGACGUGGCCUUCUAUCCCGCCCUUCGCCUGGUCGGCAUCCGGCGGCCACUGCAGAAGCUCACCAUGGGCGGCAUCUUGGCCGGCAUCGCCUUCAUAAUCUCCGGCGUGGUUGAGCUGAACCUGGAGAAAACCUAUCCCGACCUGCCCACCAGCCAGUAUGUCCAGCUGCGCGUCUUCAACACCCAGCCCUGCGACUACACCUUCACCUCCAAUCUGGAGGGGGCGCAGAGCUUCGUGGUGAACGCAACGGACGUCCACACCAUCAAGGACCUCUACGUGGGCAACUCCUUCAACCUCGACUAUGCGCUGACGACCACAAAUCCUGACUGCACUUCCUACAACGCCCAGCCCGUCAAGGAGCUGACCCAGAAGACCGCCUGGUCGCUCUUCCUCAACCCGCAGAACGCUACCGCCGAUCCCUUCUGGGAGGCCGACUUUGUGGACAAGCCCAGCGAAAGCUAUCCACUGAUCCGGGUGCUGGCCAACAUUCCGCCCACCGAGAGGGUCGUGUGGCUCAGCAACAAGGGCGAGGAGGCCUACAACAAGCUGGCCAACGAGACGCUGCUCACCCGGAUGAACUCCGGCGACUACACCAUCAUUGUGAACGAAAUUGUGGUCACCACCCUGCACGUCCACACCGGCGGAGUGUACACGCUGAUGCUGUGGAAGGAAGCCAGCGGUAGAUACGCCUUCAAGCUGCUGGAGAUCACCGAGCGCAACUCGAUGAGCAUCCUGUGGCUGAUCCCCCAGUACGUGGUGAUGACCCUCGGCGAGGUGAUGUUCUCGGUGACCGGACUGGAGUUCUCCUACGCCCAGGCACCGCCCAGCAUGAAGAGUGUCCUGCAGGCUUGCUGGCUCCUGACGGUGGCCUUCGGCAACGUUAUCGUGGUCAUCAUCGCGGAGGCGGCCCUCUUCGACUCCCAGGCGGACGAGUUCUUCCUCUUCGCCGGCCUCAUGUUCGUCGACAUGCUGAUCUUCAUGUUCAUGGCGUACCGCUACCAGCCCAACAAUCCCAUCAAGGACGAGGACGAGACGUUGCCGCUGACGGGAUCGACCGAGCCGUCCGCGACGCCCGCCCCCCUCGACAGCGGCAUCGAGAACAAGGGCAAGGACAUCGGCAAGGACGAGUAGACCGAGUAGCGCCCCGCGCUGUGUAUUAUAUGUAUUUGUAUUUGUAUUUCUACCGUAGACGUGUGUGUGUGCGUAGUCCUAGUGGUCC